AACAUCUCUGUCAGUGUACUUUUGGAAGUGGUGGCGAAGGGUCGCGUCGACAGGACUAACAAUAAGUCCUCGCGUAAUAAAGUACUCUAAAACUAACCGCUAAACAGUGACCGUGUGUCCUCGCGUCUGAGUGAUUCCGGCGACAUAAACCUAACUUUGUGCGAACUCACAUAACCUACAAAAUGUCGGAAAAUUCGCAGGACGUUUUAAAGGAUGCAGCCGCGGCGACUGCAGCAGUCGUUGGCGGAUCACUAUUUAGCACAUUUGAUAUCAUAAUGUUAGUUUUCUUAUUGGGAGGUGCAGCCUGGUGGUUGUGGACCUCUAGAAAGGACAACAAGAAAGAUGAAAUACUUCUUAGCAAAUAUUCCAUACAGCCAGCUGGUACAAUUCAAAUUACGGAAAAUUCUUUCAUAAAGAAACUACAAUCAUCAGGAAGAAGCUUAGUAGUAUUUUAUGGAUCUCAAACAGGCACCGGUGAGGAGUUCGCAGGUCGCCUGGCUAAGGAGGGCAUCCGAUAUAAGAUGAAGGGAAUGGUCGCUGACCCCGAAGAAUGUGAUAUGGAAGAGUUAACUAAACUCAAGGAUAUACCUAAUUCAAUGGCUGUGUUUUGUAUGGCAACCUACGGUGAAGGAGACCCAACAGACAAUGCUAUGGAGUUUUAUGAGUGGCUGAAAAAUGGAGACCCUGACCUAACUGGAUUAAAUUAUGCUGUGUUUGGUCUCGGCAACAAGACUUAUGAGCAUUACAAUGCAGUAGCUAUUUAUUUAGACAAUAGGUUGGAAGAAUUGGGUGGCACUAGAAUCUAUGAAGUGGGUUUGGGAGAUGAUGAUGCUAAUAUUGAAGAUGAUUUUAUCACUUGGAAAGACAAGUUCUGGCCAUCGGUGUGUGAAAUGUUCAACAUUGAGAGCACAGGCGAGGAGGAGCUGGUUCGCCAGUUCCGCCUGGUGACACAUGCGCCCGAGGACCUCACUCCCAAUAGUGUCUUCACUGGUGAAAUUGCUCGGUUACAUUCCCUUCAAGUGCAGAGGCCUCCUUAUGAUGCUAAGAACCCAUUUUUGGCUCAAAUCAAGGUGAACCGGGAGUUGCACAAGGGUGGUGACAGGUCAUGUCUACAUGUCGAGCUGGACAUCUCCGACUCCAAAAUGCGAUAUGAAGCAGGUGACCAUGUGGCUGUAUAUCCCAUCAACGAUACAACUUUAGUUGACCAAUUAGGAAAAUUGACUAGUGCCAACCUUGACGAGAUAUUCUCUCUCAUCAACACUGACCAAGAAAGCAGCAAGAAGCAUCCCUUCCCGUGCCCCACCUCGUACAGGACCGCUCUGUCUCAUUACAUUGAGAUUACAGCUCUGCCUAGGACUCACAUUCUGAGAGAACUGGCUGAAUAUUGCUCUGAUGAAGAGGACAAGAAGAAGCUGUUGUUAAUGGCAACCAACUCUCAGGAGGGCAAGGACUUGUACCAGUCAUUUGUGGUGGAUUCUUGCAGGAACAUCGUGCACAUCUUAGAGGACAUAAAGUCGUGUAAACCCCCGGUAGAUCACCUAUGCGAGUUACUGCCACGACUCCAGCCUCGAUACUACUCCAUCUCUUCUAGUCCUAAGCUACACCCGGAGACGGUGCACAUCACCGCCGUGGUGGUGAAGUACAAGACGCCGACGGGCCGGCUCAACAAGGGCGUGGCCACCACGUGGCUCGCCGAACACAAGCCGAAGGAUGGCGAGUACCCGCGCGUACCGGUCUUCAUCAGAAAGUCGCAGUUCAGGCUUCCACUGCAAACUCAGACUCCAAUUCUGAUGGUGGGCCCGGGCACGGGUCUCGCGCCUUUCCGUGGCUUCUUGCAAGAGCGGGCGCAUGCGCGCGAGAGCGGCAUGGAGGUCGGCGACAACAUACUCUACUUCGGCUGCAGGCAUCGCGACCAGGACUACAUCUACCAAGAGGAGCUCGAACAGUGGGCCAAGAACGGUGACGUGUCACUGAACCUAGCGUUCUCCCGCGACCAGCCGCAGAAGGUGUACGUCACGCACCUGCUCGAGAAAAACCUGGAACAGAUCUGGGACGUCAUCGGCAAGCGGAACGGACACUUCUACAUCUGCGGUGACGCAAAAAACAUGGCGGUGGACGUGCGCAACAUCAUCCUCAAGGCGAUCCAGGAGCAUGGCGGUAAGACCGAGCCCGAAGCCGUGCAAUUCCUCAAGAAACUGGAAUCCAUGAAAAAGUAUUCAGCGGACGUAUGGAGUUAAAACCUUCACAUAACACGCUAGGUAAAUUAAUUCAACUAUUAUCGAGUAUAGGCUAGUUUCAGUUAAAUCA